AUGGCCACAGCCGGGCCUGGUACUGCCCUGGUGAACCAUCCCUUGGAGUAUGAGAAGACUGUGGUCUUUGUGCGGCAUGGCAUGACUACUUGGAAUGAGCAGAAGCGCAUCCAGGGGGACUCUGAUCUAUCAAUCCUCACCCCAUUUGGGGAAAAGCAGGCAGAGCUCACGCGCAAUGCACUGAGCAGAAUGCCCUUUGACAGCUGUUUCACCAGCCCGAUCAAGCGGGCAAGGAAAUUUGCAGAGCUGACGUGGUCAGGGAGGGAACGGCCGCUCAUACCCAUGCACACUCUGAAGGAGGCCCAUCUCGGCUGGCUACAGGGCAUGCGCCAAGAUGAGGCGCUGCAAACUCUGGAAGGGUCGCAUUGGAGGAAGAGUCCUAGCGACUUUGGCAUCGGCGGACGGUACCCGGUCAAGGAGGUCUUUGCGGCAGCUGCCGCCACCUGGCAGGAUAUACUAGAGGCGCCCGGGCAGCAGCAUUUGGUGGUUACGCACAAGUCCAUUCUGCGCGCGCUCAUCUGUGUGUCUCUGGGCCUUCCGGCGUCCUCCUUCCGCGCGUUUGAUGUCAACAAUGGCGGAAUUUGCACCUUCAGGGUGAACACGAAGGGAGAGGCCAUGCUGGCAAACCUGAACCAGACAGCACACCUGCACCACGAGGGUGUCUUCUACUGAGCUGCAGCGUAGGGGCGACAGACAAAAUUACCACAUCGGCACUGCAUUUGCCAAGCCUGGGCUUCACCGAAACAUUCCAACACUUAUCACGAGUGGGAAGGUGGCUGUUGGCACUGUUUGAGGUGCAGGAGAACCUCACUGUACUGCUCAUAGGUCACAGAAGUUGACUGAUGCCAGGAAAGCCUAUCAGGUUGUGGCAUGAGUUGCCGCCAGCUGGCACUGUUGCUCUCCGGGUUGACACUGCUACGCAGAUUUUCUGGAGAGUGCGCUCAUAUAUGCUAUGAGGGUUGUGGCAGGCUGAGAGUGUAUUGACACCGAUCAUUGAUAGGACGCAUACUUGAGCAUUGAUAGCAUGUACGUGAGGGCCAUGGCAGAUUUACUAUUAAGUGGAUGGGGGUGAAUUUUGGCUGUGUGCAGCUUAUUGCCUGGCAUGCGAGUAUGAUUGUUUCCGCAAAAGGGCAGUGAGUGAAGUGUCAGCCCAGUAUUGCCAUGAGUGAUGGUUCCUGACAUGUGUGCUGAUAUUGUAUAAGGCUGUCACUGUGCGGCCCAGCUGGAGGCAGUCUUGUGCUACAGGUCUGCAGAUUUUUGUAUCAAAGCGCUGAGGAUACGUGGUUACAUACAGCAGGAUGACAAGCGGAUGUGACAUACAUAAUG